AUGGAAGGCCUAUCGAGUAUUCCCCUGAUUUCACAGCAUGGCACGCCACGCAUACCAUUGCAAGCAAGUUAUAGUUCAACUGGUGAUCUCGCUCAAACAUCUGGCUCCUUCCGCUCUUUCGAUGGUAGCCCAGACAUGGUGACUCGAUCCGACGCAAGCCCCGAGGAAGGACGGCAGUACGGCGCGAACGACUCUACAAUGAGUUUUGCGAAAAUCAUUCUCGGAGAAGACGAUGAUAGUGAUUCCCCGGCCAGCGGUACCAUCCCGGGUGACCCUGGACGAGCUACCUUAGAUCCUCAGGCUCCUCACCACAUUUCGACGCCAUUACCCUGUCAAGACUUCUUGCCAGUCGCGGUGGACGCCUACUUCGAUAGGUUUCAUUGGUACAUUAUGCUCUUCCACCCAUCAUCAUUUGUCAGUCGUGCACAAAACAUCCUUCGGCGUACGACAUGGGCGCCAGAGGAGUUAUGUGACGUUCUUCUCAUCAUCAUGGUGGCAGUUCUAGGCCUGCGCUGUGUGGAACAUGACAAGACUUGGAAAGGACACCAGUUAUUGCAUGAAUAUUCGGCAACAGCUGCAUCCUUGAGCUCAGAAUUGAUGUUGCUGAUGAGCUCACACUUCUACGAAGUCUUGUUGGAGUCAAAAAUUGAAGCAUACCAGAUUUGCAUGUUAUUGGGAAACUACCAUGUCUACUUUGGCUCGUCAAAUUUUGCCUGGAACGUGUCUGGUGUAUCUGCGAGAACAGCAUAUGCGCUGGCUCUUCAUUGUGAUAAAGCGAAGAGUUCAGGCGGUGAGAUCGCCCGUGAGGUCAGCAAUCGCUGUUGGAACCAUCUGGUUGUGUCUGACCAAUUUUCAUCGAUGAUCUUUGGGCGUCCAGCAACGCUAGAUCCUGCAUUCGCACAGUUCAAGAAGCUGACAGACCUGGACGAUACGGAACUCCCUCCUGAUACAGCUAGACUUGCGAUUUUACAGGAAAGUCAUCGGAAAGUGACAUUUUUGACCUACCACACUUUGAAGUUUGAGUUGUACCAUAUCAUCCGACAUACUUUGGAAAGUUUCAAGGUUCUCCAGCUACAAAGCCCAGUCACUGUGCAGGAUUUGAAGACGCUCAUUCGGGUCGUGAACAGCACAGAAGUCAUGUUAGAGCAAUGGCAUGAGAAUCUCCCUGCCGUUUUUAAACCUUCCCAGUGGGCGGCAGAUGAUCCAUGGAAUGUUCUUGAACUUGAUCGGUGCAACCCGGAAGAGAAGAAUAUCAGAAGAAAACUUGGACUGCAGGGGUUUAUCCUGCAGCUCCUGUACGAUGCGGCCAGUGUAUGGGCCCGUCGACCCCUGUUGAAACUUCGAAUCUCCAUCCCAGCAGAAGAGAGUAUCGAAAAUAUUGCAAUCAGUGACGUCCCUGACUCGCUGGGGGCGUCCGUACAGGCGGCCUUACGCAUGUCACGAGUUCCCGUAGCUGAGUUCGAGGGUCACCUUGCUCAGUCGUUUGUGCUUAUGCACCUCUUCACAGCCGGCAGUAUCUUGUGCAUUGCACCGACUUGUCAACCAUACAGUAAGACAGCAAGCGAGGCCAAGGCUGGAGUACUCAGGAUCAUUUCCGCCUGCAGAGCCAUCAAGGAUGAGAGUAAGAUCGCCAGGCAUACAGAUCAAAUGCUGACGAGACUGUACAAAAAGACCAUGGAGCGCGAGAUGGAUAAUGCUCUACGACUGUCAGACAACGCCACCCCGAAACAACACGUGGCUCACAGGCUUAACGAGAGGCAAGCCCGAGACAUUCAUCGCCCGGAGCCCCGAUCGCAAUCGGAACACGCUGCCAUACCCAAGGCCAUGACUCAUGUGGCGAUGGAAACAUCAGGUCUGGCCACAGACCAUGGCGGCAUCCUGGCGGCCUCGGACUAUCACGCCCGAAAUCCAGAUGAAGCUUCUCUUGGAGAGCCGAUAGUGUCAUACCUUCAUUUUGAAUCACUUCGAAACAACGAUCGGACAGAAACUCACGUCGACGAGGACUUUGACGAAGCUUUUGGGGCUUUUGAAGAAAUGUUCAAUCUUGACUUUGCCGAGUUCCCGCUCAGACCGUAUUGAUUGAAGACUUUGUCAUUAUUGAAAGUUAACCGCGACGUACCUCUGCAUAUUGUCGAGACUCUACACAGCUGCAUCACCAUGGUAGACCCUGUCGAUACGCCAACCCCUUUUCGAGCCAUCUUCGAGUUCUACAAGCAGACAUAACACAAGAUACCCCUAGCAUAUUUGAAGAGGUGGCCUGCCAAACUCGUAGCUGUAAGCAGGCGAUGGGCAGUGAGAGAGUGAGAGAUUCCAUGCAU